GAACUCAAACCACCAAAAACCAACCCUCGCCUCUCCCCUUUGCUACUCUUUGCAUUACGCAUUGCCGACACUCGUUUUACGGCUUCGUCAAAUCACUCCGUCUCGCCCUUUUUUGCGACCGAGACUACACAAGCCGGUGAAUCACUUUCUCGUGAUUGAUUCGUCUUUUUGAACUUGAAUCGACGCCAAAUUACAUCUUUUUCGUUGGCCUUUCGGACCAGAGUCACCUCUCCCUAAGCCAUUUGACGUUUUUGACGACAACAUCUUGCAGUGCCGGUCACGCUUGUUCUUCCGCCUGAUCUUGAAUCACAUCACGCUCGUUGAUCAUCCACAUGUGUAUCUCUAGAUAAUCUAAUAACUCAACAUGUCGGGAUAUCCGGGCGGUGGUCAACGCGACCACUAUGACGAUGGCUACGGCCACCCUCAGGGAGGCAACCAACAGCAAGGUGGAAACACGGAUUCCUACUAUCAAGACGAUCAAUACUAUGAUCAAGGCUAUGACAACCGCGGCCACAAUAAUAAUAACCCGAAUAACAACAGCAACAACAACAACGAGGGCUACUAUGACGAAUCUGGUUAUUACAACGCCGACCCUAACAACCCUUAUCAACAUGACGGAGGCUACUACGACGGCCACGACCAGUAUCAAGAUGGCUAUUAUGACAAUGGCCAGGGUGGAUACUACGACCAGGACUAUGAUCGUGGGCACCAAGGACAGGGUGCCCGUCAAGGCUCUGAGGAAGAUUCCGAAACGUUCAGCGACUUCACCAUGAGGUCGGACAUGGCUCGCGCUGCCGAGAUGGAUUACUACGGCCGCGGGGAUGAACGUUACAACAGCUACAAUGACGGGCAGCGUGGUUAUCGACCUCCCUCCUCCCAAAUCUCUUACGGUGGGAAUCGCUCGUCUGGCGCAUCAACCCCGAACUAUGGUAUGGACUAUGGCAAUGCUCUACCUCCUGGCCAGCGUUCCCGGGAACCUUAUCCUGCCUGGACUUCCGAUGCACAGAUUCCGUUGUCGAAGGAGGAGAUCGAGGACAUCUUUCUUGACCUUUGUUCCAAAUUUGGUUUCCAGCGAGACAGCAUGCGGAACGUGUACGACCAUCUGAUGAUCCUUCUCGACUCCCGAGCCUCUCGAAUGACGCCCAACCAGGCUCUUUUAUCCCUUCACGCUGACUACAUUGGCGGCGAUAACGCUAAUUACCGCAAGUGGUACUUCGCCGCUCAUCUUGACCUUGACGAUGCCGUCGGAUUUGCCAACGGUCUUGGAAAGGGUAGGAAGAAGAAGGGUAGCAAGAAGAAGAAGAAAGACCCAGAGGCCAGUGAAGCCGAGACUUUACAGGAUCUCGAAGGUGACGAAAGCCUCGAGGCUGCUGAGUAUCGUUGGAAGACACGCAUGAACAAGAUGUCCCAGCAUGAUCGAAUCCGACAAAUUGCUCUGUACCUUCUCUGCUGGGGCGAAGCCAACCAGGUUCGCUUCAUGCCAGAGUGCUUGUGUUUUAUCUUCAAGUGUGCCGAUGAUUAUCUCAAUUCCCCUGCAUGCCAGGCUCUCGUUGAGCCGGUUGAGGAGUUCACCUUCCUUAACAAUGUCAUCACCCCUCUCUACCAAUACUUGAGAGAUCAAGGUUACGAAAUCUCUGAUGGUGUAUACGUUCGACGUGAGCGUGACCACAAGAACAUCAUUGGCUAUGACGAUUGUAACCAGCUUUUUUGGUACCCUGAGGGAAUCGAUCGCAUCGUCCUGCACGACAAGAGCAAGCUUGUGGAUGUGCCACCAGCCGAGAGAUAUGUGAAGCUCAAGGACGUGAACUGGAAGAAGUGCUUCUUCAAGACUUACCGCGAGUCCCGUUCCUGGUUCCAUCUUCUGGUUAAUUUUAACCGCAUCUGGAUCAUUCAUUUGACCAUGUUCUGGUUCUACACCUCUCACAAUGCCCCAAGUAUCCUGGUUGGUCCAAAAUACGAACAGCAGCUUAACCAACAGCCCUCAACAGCCAAGUCAUUCUCUAUCGUAGGGUUCGGUGGUGCUAUUGCUUCUCUUAUUCAGGUUCUUGCCACUCUCGCCGAAUGGGCCUAUGUGCCUCGUCGAUGGGCCGGUGCCCAGCAUCUUACCAAGAAGCUCUUUUUCCUGUUGUUUAUCCUGGUACUCAACAUCGCUCCUGGUAUUAAGGUCUUCUUUCUUGAGGGUAUUGGUGGAAAGAAGAUCGACACUGCCAUUGGUAUCGUCCAUUUCGUUAUCGCAUUGAUUACGUUCUUAUUCUUUUCCGUUAUGCCACUUGGAGGCCUUUUUGGCAGUUACCUUGCUACCAACAACAGGAAGUAUGUUGCCAGCCAAACCUUCACUGCUAGCUGGCCCACGCUCCGUGGUAACGAUAUGGCAAUGUCCUAUGGACUCUGGGCUGUCGUCUUUGGCGUCAAGAUGGGUGUUUCAUACAUCUACUUGAUUCUGUCCUUCCGUGACCCCAUUAGAUAUCUAAGCAUCAUGAAGGUCAACUCUUGCCAGGGAGACGCUCUUCUUUUUGGAAAUCAGCUAUGCAGAUGGCAUCCAACAAUUGUUCUGGCACUGAUGGCAUUCACUGACGUUAUCUUCUUCUUCCUGGAUACAUACCUUUGGUACGUCCUUCUCAACACCGUCUUCUCGGUUGCCCGAUCAUUCUACAUCGGAUCUUCCAUCUUGACACCUUGGAGAAACGUCUUUUCCCGUCUUCCCAAGCGUGUGUACUCCAAGAUCCUCGCCACCACCGACAUGGAGAUCAAAUACAAACCCAAGGUUCUCAUUUCUCAAGUUUGGAACGCCAUCGUCAUCUCCAUGUAUCGGGAGCAUCUCCUCGCUAUCGAGCAUGUCCAGAAGCUAUUGUACCACCAGGUUCCUUCCGAGCAGGAGGGCAAGCGAACUCUGAGGGCCCCGACCUUCUUCAUCUCGCAGGAAGAUCAUUCUUUCAAGACCGAAUAUUUCCCUGCUUACAGUGAAGCCGAGCGUCGAAUCUCAUUCUUUGCCCAAUCUCUGUCCACACCUAUCCCGGAGCCUUUGCCUGUCGACAACAUGCCCACGUUCACUGUCAUGAUUCCUCACUACGGCGAGAAGAUUCUUCUGUCUCUUCGUGAAAUCAUUCGAGAAGAUGAACCAUACUCACGAGUUACACUUUUGGAAUACCUGAAGCAGCUUCAUCCUCAUGAGUGGGAUUGCUUUGUCAAGGAUACCAAGAUUCUGGCAGAUGAGACCUCUCAAUUCAAUGGAGAAAACGACAAGGACGAGAAGAACACUGCCAAGAGUAAGAUCGAUGAUUUGCCUUUCUACUGCAUCGGUUUUAAGUCUUCUGCGCCCGAGUACACCCUGCGCACCCGUAUCUGGGCAUCUCUUCGUUUCCAGACUCUCUAUCGUACUAUCUCUGGCUUCAUGAACUACAGCCGUGCCAUCAAGCUUCUGUACCGCGUUGAAAACCCCGAGGUUGUCCAAAUGUUUGGUGGUAAUACUGAUAAGCUUGAGCGAGAGCUUGAGCGUAUGGCCCGUCGUAAAUUCAAGAUUGUGGUUUCCAUGCAGAGAUUCUCCAAGUUCAAGAAGGAAGAGAUGGAAAACGCCGAAUUCUUGCUUCGCGCUUAUCCCGACCUACAGAUUGCUUAUCUUGACGAAGAGCCCCCAGUUGCGGAGGGCGAAGAACCUCGUCUGUACUCCGUUCUCAUCGAUGGUCACUCUGAGGUCAUGGAGAACGGCAUGCGACGUCCCAAGUUCCGUGUUCAGCUCUCUGGUAACCCCAUUCUCGGUGACGGCAAGUCUGACAACCAGAACCACUCUAUCAUCUUCUACCGUGGUGAAUACAUUCAGCUCAUCGAUGCCAACCAAGACAACUAUCUAGAGGAGUGUCUCAAGAUCCGAAGUGUCCUCGCUGAGUUCGAGGAGAUGAAGACCGACAAUGUCUCCCCUUAUACCCCUGGUGUCAAGAACAAUGUCUCCUCGCCUGUCGCUAUUCUGGGUGCCCGUGAGUACAUUUUCUCCGAGAACAUUGGUAUUCUAGGUGAUAUUGCUGCUGGAAAGGAACAGACAUUCGGUACACUAUUCGCUCGAACUAUGGCACAGAUUGGUGGCAAGCUUCAUUAUGGUCAUCCCGAUUUCCUCAACGGUAUCUUUAUGACGACUCGAGGUGGUGUUUCAAAGGCUCAGAAGGGUCUUCACUUGAACGAAGAUAUUUACGCUGGUAUGACCGCUCUCCUCCGUGGAGGACGUAUCAAGCAAUGUGAAUACUUCCAAUGUGGAAAGGGUCGUGAUUUGGGUUUCGGCUCCGUUCUCAACUUUACAACCAAGAUUGGUACUGGUAUGGGUGAACAAUUUCUGUCUCGCGAGUACUAUUACCUUGGCACUCAGCUUCCUCUGGAUCGCUUCUUGUCCUUCUACUACGCCCAUCCUGGUUUCCACUUGAACAACAUGUUUAUCAUGUUCUCGGUACAGAUGUUCAUGAUUACCAUGGUCAACCUGGGAGCCCUCCGUCAUGAGACUGUGGCCUGCGAGUACAACCGAAACGUUCCCAUCACCGAUCCUCUCUACCCCAGCGGGUGUGCCAACACUGAUGCGCUUACGGAUUGGAUUUACCGAUGUAUCGUGUCGAUUCUUUUCGUUCUGUUCCUCUCUUUCAUUCCCCUUAUUGUCCAGGAACUUUCUGAACGUGGCAUUUGGCGUGCUUUCAUUCGAUUGAUGAAACAGUUUUGCUCGUUGUCGCUCAUGUUCGAAGUCUUCGUCUGUCAGAUCUACGCGAACUCUGUACAGCAGAACAUUUCGUUCGGUGGUGCGCGAUAUAUUGGUACAGGUCGUGGUUUCGCCACGGCGCGCAUUCCCUUUGGUGUCUUAUACUCUCGAUUCGCUGGACCAGCUAUUUACUUCGGCGCUCGUUUGCUCUUGAUGCUUCUGUUCGCGACCCUCACUGUCUGGAAGGGUGUCUUGAUUUACUUCUGGAUUACCCUUCUUGCGCUGACAAUUUCGCCCUUCCUGUACAAUCCCCAUCAAUUCGCUUGGACCGACUUUUUCAUCGAUUACCGAGAUUACCUUCGUUGGUUGUCGCGUGGUAAUUCCCGCAGCCACGCUUCAUCUUGGAUCUCGUACUGUCGUCUUUCUCGAACUCGUCUUACAGGUUACAAACGCAAGACACUUGGAGACCCGUCUGCCAAAGCAUCAGCUGAUGUCCCUCGAGCCCCUUUCGCAAACAUCUUUUUCAGUGAGAUUUUCUCGCCAUUGAUGCUUGCUGUUGUAACGAUUCUGCCGUAUCUUUUUGUCAACGCUCAAACCGGUGUUACUAAGCAGAGCAAUCCAAACUUCAGAGGCAAGAUCCAACCGACGCAAUCGCUAAUGCGUCUACUCAUCAUCGCUUUUGCGCCUGUUGCCGUCAAUGCAGGUGUCUUGGCUGCUAUGUUCGGCAUGGCUUGCUGUAUGGGACCUCUCCUCAGUAUGUGUUGCAAGAAGUUUGGCAGUGUUCUCGCAGCUAUUGCCCAUGCCACAGCUGUGAUCUUCCUUCUUAUUUCCUUCCUGGGCAUGUUCAUUCUGGAGAGCUUUAACUUCACCCGCACUGUAGCGGGUAUGAUCGCCGUGGUCUCGAUUCAGCGCUUCUUUGUGAAGCUUAUUGUUUCGACCUGUCUCACUCGUGAGUUCAAGGGCGACGCGUCUAACAUCGCCUUCUGGAGCGGAAAGUGGUACUCGAUGGGAUGGCACACAAUCUCUCAGCCUGCUCGUGAGUUCCUUUGCAAGAUCACCGAACUUUCCAUGUUCUCUGCCGAUUUCGUUCUUGGCCACUGGCUUCUCUUCUUUAUGGCGCCCGUCAUCUUGGUCCCCAAGAUUGAUACUCUUCACUCUAUGAUGCUGUUUUGGCUUCGUCCCAGUCGCCAAAUUCGACCCCCUAUAUACUCGAUGAAACAGUCCAAGCUUAGAAGAAGACGUGUCAUCCGCUAUGCCAUCCUCUACUUCACCCUCCUGGUCGUAUUCAUCGCUCUCGUUGCUGGACCUGCUGUAGUUGGUAAACUCAUGGGCGAAUCACUCAGCAAGACCAUCGAAAAGAUGGUUCCUAUGCAGGGUCUUGUGCAGCCCAACUAUCUUCACAACAACAACACUAACAGCACCUUGGCAACUGGUAUCAAGAACCCUAGUUACACCGGCGCUGGUCUCACAAUGACUGGCAGCAAGCGCGUCCAGGCCUCGGCUACUGGCAAGAUCAAGCUGUUUUGAGCGAAAAAAGACUGGGAGACAGGGUCUGUCUUUUUGGACAUUUCUCGGACACAGUCGUCGCUCUCUGUUCCUAUGCACAGAAGAAAGUUAUCAAAAUAUGAAGUUUUUGCUUUUUCGUUUUUGCUUUUGCUUUUCAGUUCAGUACCUAGCACAGGUGGAUGCGUAUGUACACAUUUUGCAUUUUAUUUAGAAGCGGAAGGGUGGUGAGAGGUGGAAAGGAGGUCAGCAACACAAGCCAGACCUGACCUGACCUGGCAUUCACUGGUUGAACUGAAGUGGUCUUUUUUUGUUGGCACAAGGCGCACCUUUUUAACUUAUUCUAAUGUGUACAAUGAAAGGAAGCAACA